AUGGGCUCACUGAGCUCUCCUCCUCCCCCUCUGCAAUUCCUUGUCAUCGGCGCCGGCUCUCGAGGCAAUGCAUAUGCCCGCGCAGUCGAAGCCGCCACCGCGGGAUCCAUUGCCGCCGUGGCAGAAACCGACCCCUUCAAACGGCAAGAGUUUGGCAAGAGAUACAUAUGGGGCCGGGAAGGGCAGCCCGCGGACCAUCAGUCGUUUGCGGGCUGGGAAGAGUGGGUUGAGUGGGAGAUUCGAAGGAGACGCAGUGCGGCGGGCCAGGCUGGAGACAUUCAGCCUCGCUACCUUCCUAUCACCGGAGUCUUCAUCUGCACCCUGGACGAGAGUCAUGCUCCCAUAAUAUACGCGAUCGCCCCCUUGAACCUUCAUAUCCUUUGUGAGAAGCCGUUGGCCCUCUCUUUGUCAGACAGCCUAUCCAUUUCUACAGCACUUUCCGGGUAUCCCUCCAAAGUGGUGUCCAUUGGACACGUACUCCGAUAUUCGCCACAUAACAUCCUCCUUCGCAAGCUCCUGACCUCUGACCAAGUCAUUGGCGAGGUUGUGUCGAUCGAGCAUACUGAACCAGUUGGCUGGUGGCAUUUCGCUCAUUCAUAUGUCCGGGGGAACUGGCGACGGUCGACGGCUGACGGGGUUGGCUCGUUGUUGACCAAAUCCUGCCACGACAUCGAUUUCAUCCUCUGGCUUCUCUGUUCGCCGAGCUCUCUCACGGGCGAUAAGCCCCAUCUGCCCUCGACCAUAUCGAGUACAGGAGCCAUUACACACUUCAGGCGUGCAAGGAAACCAAAGGCUGCAACUCCCACCACGACCAACUGUCUGUCUUGUCCUGCUGAACCCGAUUGCAUCUACUCGGCGAAGAAGAUCUACCGUGACCGAUGGCUUCGAAAAGAACAGGACACUGGCUGGCCGCUGAAGAUCGUGGUCCCGGAGAUCGAGGAUAUUGUCGCCGUCAAGGGUUGGGACGCCGCCGAGGAAAGACUCAUGCAGAAGCUCGCUGAAGACUAUGAUAAAACCACGACGUCUGAUGACACUAUUGCCAGCAGGAGCUGGUAUGGCCGCUGCGUCUAUGAAUCGGAUAACGACGUUGUCGACGACCAGACUGUCACCAUAGAAUGGGACGAGGACCCAGUCCCUGGACACGAACUAGGUCGUGGACCGAAGAGAGCCCUUUUCCACAUGACGUAUCCUACACAAUCACAAUGUGAACGUCGGGGCAGGAUCUACGGGACUUUGGGAGAAAUCACAUACGAUUCCCAUACUAUUACCGUGUAUGCCUUUGCAACUGGCGAGGUGGCCGUGCAUGACAUCCCAAAGCAAGCUCCAGAAGUUGAAAAGAGCCAUGGCGGCGGCGACUGGGGUCUUGCAGCUGCCUUUGUCCGAGCUGUUGAGCAUGUUGAGGAGGGGAACAUGAGCGUUGCGCAGGCGCAACGGGAACUUGUGGGUUGUGAUUUGAAAGAGAUCAUCUUGAGCCAUGCGGUGGUUUUUGCUGCAGAAGAGGCGCGAAGGGAGAAGAAGGUCGUCAACUGGGCCGAGUGGUGGAGCAAGAACGGGACAGACGGUUGA